AUGGCUCAACCUGAACCAAAUGAAGCUUUUCUUAAACAAGUUUUUCGAAGAGUAGACACUGAUGGAUCAGGUUCUAUAUCAUCGAAUGAGCUUCAAUCAGCUUUAUCUAAUGGUACAUGGAGUCCAUUUAAUCCUGAGACCGUUCGAAUGAUGAUAGGGAUGUUCGAUCGAGAUGGAUCAUCAACUAUUGAUUUUCAGGAAUUUCGUGACCUUUGGAAAUAUGUAACAGAUUGGGAAAGAUGUUUCAGAAAAUAUGAUUUGGAUGGUAGUGGUACAAUUGAUAAACAUGAACUUAAAACAGCAUUGAGUUCAUUCGUUAUAAGAAAAUUUGAUCGAACUGGUCGUGGUACAGUAGCAUUUGAUGAUUUUAUUCAAGCAUGUGUUUCAAUUCAAACAUUAACAAAUGCUUUUCGGCAUUAUGAUCGUUAUCAAAGUGGAGAAAUAACCAUUGGUUAUGAAGACUUUUUAACACUUGUUUUUUCGCUUAAAAUGUAA